AUGUGCGCGAUUAGCACGGAACGAGCGCAUAGAGAAACCAGCCACACGGACCUGAAAUAAAAUACGUUACAUUGUUUGUCAUCGCGUAUCAAACGCAAUUAAUUACAAUUUCUUGCGUUUCGUCCGAAUACACGAAUACUCGCUUAAGUAGGCCACUUUGAGCGAAUAUUCCGUCUCCGACUCAAGUAUUUCAUCCGACCCGUACUUCAGGCGGCUGACGUCGAGCAGCGCCUGACGUGCGAAGUUAGCUUCUCUUCAGUUGAGCGUUAACGAGAGCGAAGUUAGCGGCAGUGCGCGGCCGAGGCGAGACGCACGUACAAGCGAACGGAUAAGGACGUAGCGUUGCAGCAGGCCAGCGGGUGACAGGUGGUUUGACGUUUUACCAGCCGCCAUCGUCAUUAACGCGACUACGACCUGCCAUAUUGUGCGUGACACAUACGAGGGGGAAAGGUUGCCGCGUCUGAAAGCGAACAGCAGUCCGACACGAUAGCCGUCGUCGAAGCGACUCGCCGCCGUGCGAUUCGAUGGCCGAGUGAGUCGUCCUGUGGAACAACCUCGUCGUGUACCACCAAGCACGGCCAUUCGUCUCGAUUUCUGUUCAGCGGCUGAUAGCAGCUUUCCUUUACGCUGCGCCGAUUCAUAAGCGUGCAAUAUGUCGACCGGUCCAUAUAAUUACUCCUAUAUUUUCAAAUAUAUCAUCAUAGGAGAUAUGGGUGUAGGCAAAUCUUGCCUACUUCAUCAGUUUACAGAAAAGAAAUUUAUGGCAGAUUGUCCACAUACCAUUGGCGUUGAAUUUGGCACUAGGAUUAUUGAAGUAGCAGGACAGAAGAUAAAACUGCAGAUAUGGGACACUGCUGGGCAAGAACGAUUUAGAGCAGUUACCAGAUCAUAUUAUCGAGGCGCAGCUGGAGCAUUAAUGGUGUAUGAUAUCACACGCCGUUCAACUUACAAUCAUCUCAGUAGCUGGCUGACAGACACAAGAAAUUUGACAAAUCCAAGCACUGUUAUAUUCUUAAUUGGUAACAAGAGUGAUUUAGAGGGUCAGCGCGAUGUUACCUACGAGGAAGCAAAACAAUUUGCCGAUGAACAUGGCUUAAUGUUCGUCGAAGCUAGCGCAAAAACCGGACAUAAUGUGGAGGAAGCUUUCUUGGAAACUGCAAAGAAAAUAUUCCAGAGUAUACAAGACGGCCGAUUGGACUUAAAUGCAGCAGAAUCCGGCGUUCAACAUAAUCCCAGUCAACCAGGUCGCACCAGUCUCCAAGGAGUGUCUAAUGAACAGCAGGGAGGGAAGGAUUCCUGCUCUUGUUAGGUCAUUAUUUGUUUGUAUAUAGAUAUAUUAAUUGAUCGGUACUAUUAAUGCAUAUAUGAUUUAUACUAAGUGUAGUAAGCAGAUUGUCUCGUAACCUGUAUCCUCCCUUUGAUAAGUGAAGUCUAUUUGAGAGAAACGGAACAUACACAUUUUUGUUUUCUUUUUAAUUAAUUAGCAUCGUUUUACAGUAAUACGAUGUUAUAAAUACACGACACAAUGUAGAGACGUACAUCGUCGUAAAAGUAAUUCCAACAAUGCUAUCGAUUUUUGACGCAGCAAGUAUAAUAAAACCGAUGGAACGGCUUUUUUAUGAUUAUUGCAACUUGCAUAAUAUUUUGUAUACUUUAUGCAUUUUGUUACGAAGCCAAGCAAGGAUGGAUAAUCCGUUUAGUGCGGUGCGUGUGUAAGUGCCGAUCGCGCGAACCUUGUUCGAGGCUAGGAACUUCCCGUAAAAAUUGCUUAAAAUCGAAUACAAGCGAUAAGGCUUAUAUUCAGCUGAUUCGUAGCCGAUUCAUGGGAGGAUUACAUAUUUGUUAGUUAUGUGAUACGCAAAUUCUUGCUUUCGGAAACUUAACGAAAAUUUUAUCAGACACGCAACGAAUGUCAAUCGCUUUCUUUAAACCGCUUUCUGUUUGCUAAGAAUAAAAAUGUGCACGCUCAUGCGAGCUGAUUUUAGUUAUUUGCGAGACCGACUAUAAACGGAGAGAGAAAAAGUAGGGAUCAAUUUUCUUUUUUCUUUAUAUUUAAAAGAUAUAUCUAUUCUUGAUGAAACGUAAAUAUACAUACAUAUAUAUACAUAUAUAUAUAUAUAUACACAUCAAAAUGUAUUAAACUUGACAUGUGUUUUAGUAAGAUGCUAAGAUAGAUGCUAUUCGCCUUUCUUCUCGUUGUUUGAAAUAUUGAAAUGUUUGAUUUAGCAAGCCUACGUUAGCGCAAAUAAUUUGUAUCGCACUUGAAUAUCACGCGAAUGUAGUGUAGCUUCGAAUGUAUGUGUUGUCACGCGUUUCACAUUUUUUUUACUUGUAUGCUCUUUUGAUACAUUAUGUAAUUUAGCGUACGUUUCUCAGUUUGAGAGCAAACCGCGCGGAAUCUGAAAAUUUUCGUUUACUGGGGUAUCGUCUGUCACAUUGCGGCCUCAUGCGGACAUUCAAACGUCGGUAUACUAAUUGGUGCGCUUCUCGCGAAGUUACACAAGCUCUGUCUUGUUAUGAAUUGAUGUGUGGUACAAAUAUGUGACGUUGACAUGUACGAGACGCGCGGAGAAAGAAAGGCAGAAGGCGAGAUCUCGCACGGCACACACGCAAUGAUCUAAUGUUCUCGUCAGUGUUAUGUGACUUGUGAACGAUUUGUAUGAGUGGCGUGAAAAGAGCAUGCGAAGAAUCGCCCGAAUCGAAGAAUCGGAAUCAGAAUAAUCUGGACCAAAGUUUUAACGAAUCUGUUCGGUCUACAACGGGCGGUUGUUUCGGCAUAUCCUGUGUUAAUUUUAUGUACUGUAUAUUCUCGGAGUAUUUUCAAAGGAGACACGCGAUGCGAAAUAGAAAUUUAGGAUAGUGUUAUAUGCGCCGUUCUUCGUGUCGUGUAAUCACAGUAGCACUUGAUGAUCUUUUCGCGUAACAGAGGUUCACUUUCUCACGUAUCUUUGUUAUAUUUUUUGUAUCUUGUACAUACAACGAGUAUGAGAGAAUGCCAGGGAAUAAAUAUACUUCUACAUGGUGCUUCGACGAAAGAGAAGAAUGCCACUCUUGUUUUAUCACGGCGAGCUUUCUCUUCGCUGUGUGUGUCUGAGCGGUUGAUUCGUUAAUAUAAUACACACACACACACACACAUGAAAAGCUUUCUUUCGCGUAGUAUUAUCUCUUGCAGAAAUCUCAGUUCCCUCGCGAUAGUUUAUUUCGUUGGAUUGACAUGUGGAGAGAGAGAGAGAGAGAGAGUCGAGUGUUAAUAUUAACCGAGAGAUCUUCCUUCAGUAAUUGACAAGCGAAAUCAAAACUUCUAAAUUUGUAGAGCAAUAAUUUUUUUUUUUUUU